AUGGACGCAGCUGACCUGAACUUUGAAGAGACGGAUCACUGUGAAUUCGAUCCAAGUGAUAAACUAGAGAAUGACGAAAGUUCAAAACCAGCAGAAAAGGAACAGAAGAACCAUAACAGUACAAAUGACAACAGUGGUGAUGGCGAAGAUGGAACAUUAGAGUGCCCCGUGUGCCUUCAGUCUUGCAUCUAUCCAGUUCAGUUGCCUUGUCGUCACAUCUUUUGUUUCCUUUGUGUCAAAGGAGUUGCCAGUCGGAGCAAGCGGUGUGCACUGUGUAGGCAGCAAAUCCCGCCAGAUUUUUUUUGUCGACCGAAUCUGGUGCGACGUGACGACUUGGAGCAGCCUGUGACUUUUGAUGAUGGCUACAGCUGGUUUUAUGAAGGGGUCAACGGCUGGUGGCAGUAUGAUGAUCGUACCUCCAGGGAGCUGGAGACUCACCACAAGGCUGGACAUUCCUCGUGCGAGCUUCUCAUCGCAGGCUACGUCUACAUCAUUGACCUCACCAACAUGGUCCAGUCGCGUAGGAAUGACCGCACCAAGAAGCGAAGGGUCAAGCGUGACCUGCUGAAUCUUACAGGCCGAAAAGGUGUUGCAGGUUUGAAAAUAUCUUCAGAAUCUGUCAUGUCGGAUUCUGAUCGUCCUGGAGCAGACGGUCAUGAAAAUACCACAGGGCAGAGCACAUCUGUUCGUCAGUCAAUUCCUAUCCAACAAGCCGAUCGAUCAGGUGACCAUCAGUCACUGUCACCGCCUACACCUCACAACACUCCUCAAACUCCAAUGACCCCGUCAGAAAGUCCUCCAAGCUCUGCAACUACAGAACGUGAUCUGUCCGCUCACCUGGAGCGCUUACGACUCGUGGACAGUACCUCGAUUUCUCUCAGCCCUCUGACAGGAUCAAACAGCUCCAGCAGGGGCUACGACACACCUGAGCAGCUGAGCACAUCCAUGGAGGACGCCACUCGAUUGGAAAAUGUGCGGGCCAGUCUUCAGCAGCUGCAGUCUCAGACCGUUUCUAGGACUCGGCAGAGAGGUCCGGAUGAAACCGAUGAUUGUGAGACCAGCAUUGUGGAGGUGUGA